UCAGACUUUAUGGGACAUGUUUAUUAAAUUAUUUACCUUUACUUUUUCAGCUGUAAUAGUAAGAGCAUUGAGUGUAGGAGAUAAGUCUUUAGCAGCCUGUAAACACUAUGGACAGACGAUGCUAGAAUGCCACAAUAUACUUUACCCUUCUGAGAAAAUCAGAGUACCAAUCGACUUACUUCUAUACCCUCACAUGGUUUUGAUUGGAUUCAGGAAGGCUGCGCAAAAGAAACCAGCUUGGAAAUGUGGCGGAUCAUUAAUCAGUGAGAAAUGGGUACUAACCGCAGCACACUGUAUCGAAGACCCAGUAGAAGGGACCGCAAGUGUUUUAAGAAUAGGUACAGCCACUUUCGAAUUCGACGAGGUCGAAGAACUGGCACAGGAGAGAGAAAUUGAUGAAGUCGUACCCCAUCCCGAAUACAAACCACCGUCCAAAUACCACGAUAUAGCAUUAAUGAGGAGCAAAACAGAUUUUGUACUCAGCAGAGACAUACGCAUAGCUUGUUUGAAUUUAGAUGACAACAUUCACGAUAUGAACCUCACAGCUAUUGGGUUCGGUAAAACUGGUUCAACGGAUGCCAACGGUAGUGAAACAUUAAUGAAAGUUGAUAUGGAGAUCAUAGACUCCGGAGUCUGUAAUAGAUCAAUGAGGUAUCUGAUGAAGAGGAAGCUUAUAUCUCAGGGGAUAACUGAUGAUCAGCUAUGUGCUGGGGAUUACGAGCAUGGGGGUAAGGAUACCUGUCAAGGUGAUUCGGGUGGGCCAUUACAGAUGAUGCCGGAAACAGUUGAUUGUAAACGCUCGUUUCCAUUGCAUAAGAUAGUUGGUGUCACUUCGUUUGGUCGGGAUUGUGGGAGGAAAAUGGCUCCUGGAGUGUACACCAGGGUGUCUAGAUACGUUGAUUGGAUUGAGGAUAUAGUGUGGCCAGAUAAUGCCAGUUAUUAAUUUUCUUUAUUUAAAGGAUUUAUUAACUGUCGCGUAUAACUUGUAGCUUUAAGGCAAGAGUGAAUAGGUUCUUUGAAGGCAAGCGUACUCCAACCAAGACCUCAUCGUAUUUUUAUAUAUAUACUACGAAAAUACA